AUGCAGAUGCUUCAAGUCGAUGCCAUUUCCUUCACUUCUCCUCUCGCAAAUCCUAACAUUGCCGAUAAGAACACCGUCGGUGAUGUCGCCCCAAGUAGGCCGUUUACGCCUAUGCUUUCUUCGAUUUACGGCGAGUCCUUUCCAUCUGCCAUUGGGUUUUGGAUAAAGUUUAAAGGAAUAAAGUCCUUAUGUAUUGAAUUUCCACUCUCCGAUCACAGAGCUAUUGAUAAUCGUUGUCUUUUCAAGUGGAAGGUUAAGUUGGGGAACAAAAUUGAAUCGUUUAUAUUUCUGUCACCGAGUUCAAUUUAUGAUAAGGAUGGAUUCUGUCUUAACGGAAAUGGGGAUGAAGAAGACGACGUCGUGUUAAUCGGUGAUUUGCAUAUGAAGAAACUUGCCAUUUCGCUUGGGUGUCUGAAGGAUGUGAUGCAUGGCGUGGGAUGUUGUUGCACCUCCUUAAGGAUCUACCAAUGUUGGAAGAUGUUUCCAUUACUGAUUCAGGGAGAAGAGGGAGGCUUUCUCUGA